CAUUUCUUCCUCCCAUUUUGGUUUUUCAUUUUUCCUGCGUUUAUCAUUCAAAUUCUGGCAUGCUCAAAUGAACUUGAUUGCUAGUAAAAAAGAAAAAUUGACUGCAACUUUGCGCGCGCAGGACAAUUUACUAUUGUUAUUAUUUUAUGUAGUACAAUUCACUUGGAUAUUUAUAAAGCAGAGAGUAAACGAUAUUACAUUUCUUCUGGUUAUCAAUAGUGUAAGAUAUUUUCUACAGAUAACAAUUUCCCCAAGUUCCAAGUGGAUAAGGCGUCCACAGCCCAUAAUACUGCAUAUCUUUUCAUGGGACCAAACAAUUCCCAGAGCCUUUCCAAUUCAUAAACACCAUUGAGGUUGAUGUUCAAAGCAAGAACCACUAUCUUAAUUCAGUUUCCAAGGUAAUAGACAAUGGUACGAGGUAUGGCCAUGGCUCGUUCCAUGAGUUUCUGCUCACAUCCAAUGCUUAAAUGCUCUAUCACUCUUCAUAUGGAGAAUCUGACAUUAACCGUUUUCCUCAAGAAAAAGUGUCAGAAUUGGGCGUUGAAAUUUUCUCACCAAGAUAUGCUCCAGGUUCAGGCUUGUCGAAGGAAGCCAUUGAACUCAAAUUUGCAGCAUUUCUGCAGAGAGAGGAAUAUAAAUUUAGCUCUUGAAUCACUGGAAGAGAUGGGAAGAAAUGGAAUUCUUGCAGACUCGAGCGAUGUCUUAGAAUUAAUGAAAGUUACUGUGGACAUGAAGUUUCUACAGGCUGGGGAUGUGAUUUACGAAUACAUAAUGAGAUUCCCAUCAGAUUACGGUGUUGCCAUCUUCAAUAGACUGAUAGAUACUUACUUUAAGCUGGGAGAUUACAGACGCGCAGGUCGAGUUUUUGAGCAGAUGGCUUGCAAGAACAUGGAUUCUUGGAAUACAAUGAUAAUGGGUCUGGCGGGAAACGGACAAGACAAAGAAGCAAUUCAAGUUUUCUCCCGGAUGGCUAAAGAAGGGAUCCAACCAAACGAUAACACGUUCUUGGGCGUUUUAAAGGCUUGUGAGCACCUGGGAGCUGUGGAGAAAGGGAAAGCAUAUUUUGAAUCAAUGAGUCAAGACUAUGGCAUUAGUCCAUCCUUGGAUCACUAUAGAAGCUUAGUUAAUCUUCUGAGGAAGUCCAAUGAAAAAGCUGAGGCCACAGAGAUUAUCCCCAAAAUGCCAACCAAACCAAGCCUGGAAGUGCCGGAGACUCUACCAAAUCAACCGAGAACCGAAGUUUUAGAUGCAAAACCAGCAAAAAUGAGGAAGAGGGUAAAGGAGAACCUGGUUUCAGACAAGAAACGUGCACGUCCAAACAGAAGUAUGGUAUAUGAGAAGCUGAGGUCCUUGAGCAAGGAGGCAAGAGAAGCUGGUUAUGUACCCGAUACAAGAUAUGUCCUCCAUGAUCUUGAUCAGGAAGCAAAAGAAAAAGCCCUACUUUAUCACAGUGAAAGAUUAGCCAUAGCUUAUGGGCUUAUUAGCACCUCUCCAGGUACCACACUGCGGAUCAUAAAGAACCUGAGGAUUUGUGGGGACUGCCACAAUUUUAUCAAGAUCUUGUCCAGCUUUGAGAAACGUGAAUUUAUCGUAAGAGAUAACAAGAGGUUCCAUCAUUUCAAGGAUGGAAAAUGUUCCUGCAGAGAUUUUUGGUAGUAAGAUGUAAAUCAUUUGGUUUUAGUACUCUCUUAUGUCAGUUGCAUAACCAGGGAAUACAUCCUACUUCGUCAUCCAAUGAUAAUUAAUCAGUUUCAGAUUUUAAUGUAGUGCUCCUCUAAACGCUAUCAUGGUU